AUGGCUGCAACACAAGAUAAUAUUGAAUUUGAAAAGCUGCUAAACGCUUUGAGCUCACAGGACGCUGCAGUACGCAAAGAGGCUGAGCUGGGAUUUAGAAAGCUGCCGCUGCAGGAGAAGGUGCAACAUUUGCUGUGCAACAUUUUCGAUGAUGAGCAAACUGCCGACAUGCGUGAGUUCAACGCCUUGCUGCUGAGUCGCUGCUUUGUGAGCUCGACGGCUGCAGUGCGUCGCCAGAUUACUGCAGUGGAUGCCAGUGAGGCCGUCUCGCGCAUAGCGCUGGCUGUGGAUCGCGAUAGUUUGAUGGGCGACGGCAGCACUGGGGAGCAGAUAAUGCAGCGUGUGAUGCAGACGCACGACGAUGAGCAGACGGAGUAUGUGUUGGAUUUGCUGGCGCAUAUUGCCAUGAUUUGCGGCAAGCAGUUCGAGCAGUUUUUGCCGCUGGUCAUGGGCCCAGUGCUGGACAAAUCGCAGCAUGCGCUGCUGAGCGGCUGCGAUGAGCUGGAGGAGGCAGCUUGCGAGAUGCUGCUCUAUUGCUUUGGCGAGCUGAAGCAGCACUAUCCACAGCAAGUGGAGCACGCCAUGCAGCUGCUGCUGCCGGCGUUGAAGUUUUACUUCCACGACUAUCUGGGACCGAAGCUUAUUAACGCUAUAAGCGUUGAUCCUGCCAGGGAUGUGCAGUCCGAGCUGCUGCAUACGCUGAGCCAAUGCCUGGCGCUGCUGCCGCCGCGCAGUUUGGAUGAGCAGACGCUGCAGCAGCUGCUGGCGAUAGUGCAGCGCUUUCUGCUGGCGCACUGGCAGCCCAAGCUGCAGCUGUGUCUAACUGAUGCGCAGUACUCCUCUGAAGAUGAGUGCUCCAUGCGCGGCACCGAUUCGAUAUCUUCGCUUGAGCUGGGCGACGAAAUGAACGAUGCACUGGAUGCGGAGCUGCAGGCAGCCAAUGAGGAGCAAGUGGACUUUGAUAUUAUGCCCAAGCUCAUAGGCAUACUGCAUGCUCUGUUUGGACUCUAUAAGGAGCAGUUUCUGCCACAUUUUCAGCAGCUGGCGCCACAGCUGCUCAAGCUGCUGGAGCCAGCGCGUCCGUAUCCGCUGCGCUGCUGGGGCCUAAGCAUAUUCAACGACCUCAUUGAGCAUUGCGGCACUGCCUGCGGCAAGUAUAGCGAGAUUUUGGUUGCUGCGCUGCUGCAGAAUAUGCAGGAGCAUGAGCCAGAGACCAGCAAGCAAGCCAUAUGCGGCUGCGCGCUGCUCGCUCAGCACGGCGGCAAUCAGUUUGCCUCGGCCUUUGUGCUGUUCGUGCCACAGCUCAUGGCCAUUGUCAUGCAGCCGGAUGCGCAGAACGAGGCCAAUUUGCAUAUCACAGAGCCGGCCAUAGCUGCCUUCACUCAAAUACUCAAGCACAACAACAAGGAUCUGGGCAAUCUGGAUGAGCUUAUAGCCGCCUGGUUCUCCUGGCUGCCCAUCUCCAAGGACGCCAAGUGUGCGCAAAUUGCCUACGACUAUAUGUGUGAACUAUUCCAGGCUCAGCAUCCACAAAUCCUGGGCGAACACAACUUCAAUUUCCCCUACAUAGUCACGCUUAUAGCUUAUGCCUUUCAAUUGCAGCUUAUACUGCCGCAUAGUCCCAGUGGGCGUCGCAUGUUGCAAGUGGUGCAGCAAAUCGAGUCUGACGCGCAGGCUGUGCAACGCAUUAGCCUGUCCCAGAAGCAGCAGGAGGCGCUGCAAUUGGCCAAGCAGCAGUUGCAAGUCGAUGGAGUUGCCAAUAGCUUGAAGAAAAUUUAA